AUGACACCACACUGGCUCAGUAAUGAAUUUUCCCAGCACAGAGCAGUACUCAGAGUUAUGCACUUUCCAUUUCCACUUUCCAGAAAGUCACACAGGAAAAAUAUAAGUGAGUAUUUACAUAAAGGUUUAGUAAGUUUUGAAAUUCAACACUCAAAAAUUCAUAUUGUUUUACGAGAUAAUGCGGCCAAUAUGGUAGCUGGUGUAAGAGACAGUGGUUUUAGAUCAAUACCAUGUUUUAUACAUACAAUACAGUUAUGUAUACAUGACUCAAUUCUGUCGCAAAAAUCUGUUAAGGAUAUUUUAGCUUGUUGCAGAUGUCUGGCAACUCAUUUUCACCAUUCCCCAACAAUAGCAGCAAAAUUAGAAGUAAUUCAGGAACAACUUAGUACAAAUAAGCACAGGUUGAUCCAAGAUAUUACUACAAGAUGGAACAGUUCUUAUGAUAUGAUUGAAAGGAUGCUUGAUCAAAAAGUUCCUUUGGCAACUUAUACAGCAGAUCAUCCUACCCAAUCAACACUAAAUUCAUUUCAAUGGGACUUAUUAGAUAAAGUGUUGCAUAUUUUAGAACCAUUUAAAACUUUAACCAUUAAUUUCAGUAAACGUGAAUCAUAUUUGUCAGAUGUUAUUCCUUCAAUUUUAGCUCUGAAAGAAUUUUUCAAUCAAGCAUUAGUAUGUGAGGCUUUUUUAACAAUAAAUACUUUAGUUGAUUAUUUAAGUGGAUAUAAAUUGACAUAUCAAAAGGAAGAUAAGGAUAAAAUAAAAAAUUGGAUAAAUGAACAGAUGCAAGAAAUGCAACAAAGUAAUUUAGAACUUGAACCCUUAGAUUCUGAUUUUGACGAACCUUCAGUACAUAAUACAAAUGAAGUAAUUGCAAAACCAGCUUAUCCAAAAUUCAAUGAAUGUUUUCAGAAAGUUUGUAAACUGAUAACUAUAGAUGAAUGUGAUUUCAAUUUUGUAAAUACUGAAAAUAGAAAAAGGUUAAAAAGAUUAAAUUCUAAUAUACAAAUGAUAAACAAGGAGAUUGAAGAGUAUUUAAAGCUACCUCUUGUCAAGGAAAAAGAAAGUCCUCUCUUGUAG